AUGGCACUCUCGACCCAAAUUGCCCCAACACACCUCUCCAUGUUCGACGAGGGUAUCGCUGAGAAUCUCGAUUGCGGCUGUGAAUGUCUGGACAAGUAUGGUAUGUUCAGCCGCACGGGUGUUUUAUUCAAGAUCACCAUACCGGAGUAUGGGUACACCUUGGUUGCGAAGGGAGUUCAGGCUGUGUAUGCAGACGCUCUCGUGAGAGAAGCCUGUAUCUAUUCCCAUUGCAAGAAUCUACAGGUCGUCUAUAUACCUGUUCACCUUGGUAAUAUCGACCUUGUCAUCUCCUACCCGCUUCAGUCCCUGGCAUAUAUUAAGCAUAUGAUGCUGAUGCCAUGGGCAGGCAUGACCCUCGAAGCCUAUAUACCAGAUGGCAUAGAUAUAGGUAAUGAGAUUGAUAGGACAGUUGGAAAGCUGAAUUCUGCCAGUAUUUGUAACGGCGACGUGCGAGAUACAAAUCUUGUCUGGAACGAGGAAGUUAAGGGGGUAAUGGCCAUCGAUUUUGACCUGGCAUAUAUAUAUACCACUGUCAAGAGAUUGUACGAGUCGGCUUCAGAUGAAUAG